AUGAAUCAACUUACCGGAUUUAUUUCCAAGCUUAGACUUCAACAUAAAAUAUACAAUAAAAGUUCUGAGAUCUGCUGUGCCCAGAGGGUUAACCACAGUCAUAUACAAGCUGGACCUGAUAGAGGAGAAAGAAGAAUCUGCUGCGGAAAGAAUCUAUUGACUGCCAAGAAGUCCCAUUACUGCUGUGGAAGCGACUACGUUUCUUCGAACCUUAGUUGUUGUGGUCGGCAAACCCCUUACAAUGCCUCCGAGUCCACAUGUGACGAUGAUAUGGUUGUUCCAUUGCGACAUGCUAAUAUUGUGUUGGUAGGGCUCUAUGAUUCUAAAACAGAAAUUUGCUGUCAAGGAAACAGAAUUGUUUCUAAUGGUGUACUUCAGUGCUGUGGUAACGGGUCAGUCAACAGCAGUGACCCAAACGAGGACUGCUGUAUCGCUGGGAAAUUUGGAAGGUCUUACAGAAAGAACACAGAGAAAUGCUGCAAUGGGUCAGUUCAAGCCAUUAAAAAUACGAAAAAUGCUACAUGUUGUGGAAAGCAGCUAUUCUCCUCAUUGGAGCAAGUCUGCUGCAACAACAAUACCAUUAUCAACAAGACUCUUUCACAUCACAACUCCUGCUGUUCAAGACGACCAGGGCUGAACAGUUCCUGCAGUCGGCAAGUCCCCACAAAGAGGCCAAAGACGUGUGGAAAAAUAUCUUUCAAUAAACAGAGGGAUCUCUGUUGUAAUAAUAAGCUCCACAGAGAUGCUCGUGUGAAUGGAAAGAGAUGCUGUCUCCCAGGGACUGAAACUUAUCACCUUCACAAUGAGACAUGCUGCUAUUCCAUGGUCAAGGACAAAACUAAAGGAUGCUUUGGAAGUAAUGACAGAACCCCUCCAACAAUGCCUGGUCAACCUGGCCCCAUAAGACCCACACAAUCAGAAGAUAGGACCAAAGGAGUGUGUAGAGUUUGCUCUUCUCAGUGGAAACCAAAUGCCAUCAUACUUUCUAUAUAUUCCAAAGACACCAAUAUCUGUACUCAGAAAGGCAAGUACACUAAUCACACAAUGAAAUUUGUUGUCAACAAAGUCCAUCAACUCAAUACAGUAGGACUUCCAAUGGCAUUUAAGUGGACUUGGCUGAGUGUCACCUCGAAACAUAACAUCUAUGGAGAAAAGGGCACACCUGCCCUCAAGCAAAACUUCACCCUUGUUCUACCCUGUGCCUGCCCUAAACUCAAAACGAUGGAGGGACAGAAUAUCCUGUUGAUGACAAAUGCAGAGUUUAAUAAAGAGAAGAUUUUUCUGGGGGACAGCGACCUCAUUCUACCAGGGAGGAAAAAAGUGCUGCAACUUGUCAAAAAGCAGUCCAAGACAUGCCCCAAUUACGUUGUACAAAAUAUAGCUUUUCUCAUACAAAUGUCUUCUAUAGGAUGAAACUUUAGA